AGGGAUGUCAAAUUUUGGUGGAUACUGUGCAGUGAGCAACAAUUAGUCUUUUCUUCAUCAAACCAACCAGUGUUGUAUUUGUUUUACAAUGUGGCGCGUAAAGCCACUCACUGUUGGUUCUCUACCUUCACUAUUGUCUCAAGUGGGACUAUGUCGUCACGCAAGUGCAGCAGCAGCAGCAGUAGGGAAAGGGAAGCAGCGAAUAAUGGCUAUCAGACGAGAGGAUUAUGGAUCACAAUGGGAAAGAAGAGCACCUCUCAAUCCAUUACAUGUCAAAUCAUUGGUUGAUCAAGGUGUCAAAGUACUUGUGCAACCUUCCAACAGACGUGCAUACCCAUUACAGGAUUAUGAGAGAAGUGGUGCAAUCAUCCAAGAAGAUAUAAAUGAAGCAUCUCUUAUCAUGGGUGUUAAGCAGGUUCCAAUCCCUCGUCUAAUUCCAAGCAAGACUUAUUGCUUCUUCUCACAUACCAUCAAAGCACAGACAGAAAACAUGCCUAUGUUAGAUCAGCUGCUUGAAAAGAAUAUACGGCUUUUGGAUUAUGAAAAGAUUGUAGAUGAAAACGGCAAACGAAUGGUGGCUUUUGGAAAGUUUGCUGGUAUUGCAGGGAUGAUCAACAUUCUACAUGGAAUAGGACUCAGACUUCUAGCUUUAGGCCACCACACACCAUUCAUCCAUAUAGCAGCUGCACAUAAUUACAGGAAUAGUAGCAUGGCAAGACAAGCAAUCAGAGAUGCAGGAUAUGAGAUCUCAUUAGGUUUGAUGCCAAAGUCAGUUGGUCCUCUUACAUUUGUCUUCAUGGGAUCAGGAAAUGUAUCACAAGGAGCAAAGGAGAUGAUUGAUGAGCUACCUGUUGAAUAUGUUGAGCCACAGGACUUGAAAGAAGUUGCACAACAUGGAGAUACAAGGAAGAUCUAUGCGACUGUAGUGAACAGAAAACAUCAUUUAGUGAGGAAGGAUGGAGGAGAGUUUGAAGCAGCUGAAUAUGAUGCAUAUCCAGAUAGAUAUAAAUCAGUCUUCAAUGAAGAGAUUGGUCCAUGGGCAUCAUGUAUCAUUAAUGGUAUCUUCUGGGAUGUAAAGCAUCCUCGUUUCUUGACCAACAUGGACACCCAGACCCUCUUAGGUCCAGUGGCUGUUCCACCAACCUCCAAUGAGCCAGGUUGUCCUACUCUCCCUCAUCGUCUUCUGGCUAUCUGUGACAUCACAGCAGAUCCAGGUGGUUCUAUUGAGUUUAUGACAGAGUGUACUACCAUUGAGUCACCAUUUUGCCUGUAUGAUGCUGAUCAUCGCCACCAACACUUCAAAUCUUUACGGUUCUCUGGUGAUGGAGUCUUGGUGUGUUCUAUCGAUAACAUGCCAGCUCAGUUGCCUCGUGAAGCAACAGACUUCUUUGGUGGUCUCUUGUUUCCUCUUGUUCCUGAACUGGUAAGAUAUUGUGACAUUCAUUUUAAAUGCUUUAUUAAAAUCGCCACUCCAGGGCCCCAUAACCAAGGCUCGUCAUUUGCAGUGGCUUGGUGGCCGGAGGCCAGAAACCACCAGUCAUCCGAAGAUUCAAGUUACGGCAUUCAUCCAAUGUUUAAAAAGACCGCGGAAAAACCCGAAGAAAGCAUCCCUGAACCAACAGUGUCUCUAUCUGACAGAGUGGCAACCGCUGAGGCUACAGUUCUAGGUUUUGUUGCUAAGAAAUCAAUGGAUUUUUCAGAUGUUCCUGAUAUGAUUGCGCUCAGUAAAACCCUUGCCAAGGAUCCGCAAGCUUUAGAUGCUCUCUCGAUGGACCGCACCACGGCCUCGUAUAAAAUGACUCACGGGCUUGGAACAACAUUCGAAGAGCAGUGUGUCGAUGAGUACAUUCUUUUCCCUGAACAUUGA